AUGCUGGGGAUACCGUAUUUGGAUAAAAUAAUAUUCGAACUUUUUCGUCCUAAGACUUUGGGAGAUGGAAUAGAUCGUUUAUCCAGCCAUGUCACCACAAUGAUUUGUGCCAUUCUUGCUAUUAUGGUCAGCACCAAGCAAUAUGUUGGUCAUCCAAUUACUUGUUGGGUUCCAAGCGAAUUCAGAGGAGAGUGGUCCGCUUAUGCUAAUGAGUAUUGCUUCAUUAGCAAUACUUAUCAGACAAACUUCAACUCGUCUAUUCCACGUCAUAAAGAUAAGUCAGAGUAUACCAUUCGUUACUAUCAAUGGGUUCCAAUGAUUCUGUUCUUCCAAGCAAUUGCUUUCUAUCUGCCAAACUAUUUUUGGAAAAAGCACAAUUCGAAAGUUCUUGGUUUCAACGUAAUGGACUAUAUUGGGGAAACUCGCAAAGUUUGCUACGAGUCUUAUUCAGUCCGUUCAAAAGCUGUUAGCCGUCUGGCUAAACUUUUGAAUGAGCACAUGUCGGAUUCAUCUGAUUAUUCCAAAAAAUCUACUUUCUCUCUCCGUGGCAAAACUUUUGCUUACUUCUACUUGUUGACCAAACUCUUUUAUACUCUCAACGUUUGUAUUCAGCUUUUCUUGAUUACUCAAAUGUUAGGAGUUGAGUUCAAUGUUUCUUUCUUGACGUCCAUUUUUGCUAAUGUUAGUGACGAUGAAUGGCCCACCUUAAGAGCAUUUCCAAGAGUUACAUUCUGUGAUUUCUCUAUUCAUGAUUUGGGAAACAUUCGGACAUAUUCUAUUCAAUGCUUAUUGAUGAUUAACAUGAUCAAUGAGAAAAUUUUCCUUUUCCAAUGGCUAUGGUUUAUGAUUCUAGUUGCUGCGACAGUCGUCUCUGGAUUGAUUUGGAUUCAAAAACUGAUGAGUUUUAGUACUCGUUUAAUUAUUAUCAGAGGAUGGCUAAAACGUGCUACCCGAGGAGAAGAGGAUUUAAUGGAUUAUGCAGAUUUCAUCGGAUUGGAUGGAUUUGUCAUCAUAAACUUCGUAAGCAUUAUUACUGGCAAAGCGUUCGCUUCAGAAUUGGUCUGUAACUCUUACAGAGCUAUGCGCAAACGUUAUCAGAAGAUGAGUAAGAUUGCUAGAGGUUCUGAGAAGUUGGAUCAAGAAGAUUACUCCGAUGAUGACUAUGAAGAUGAUAACAAGUCUGUUGUCAUGCCGAAAGCGGUUGCUUGA